AUAUAUAUAGUCGUUCGGAACUUACAAUUUGUUACUAUUGUUGCAUAAAUCAUGCAUUUAAAUCUGAUCUAUACGUGCUUCUCAUCAGAUAUCUCAUCUUAAUAUGGUUGACAUCCAUAUAUGUAUUGUUUUAAAUUUUGUUAUUGAUCUGCUUUCUGGAUCCAUAGUUGAGAUGUGGUUGGGCUUUCAUGUGACCUAUACACCCCUAGGCAACCAUAUACACCACAUAUAGAUGCUGUAAGAGUCUCAUGGUUUCAUGAUCUUUAUCUGAGAAGAUUUAGCUUCCUCUAUACAUGAACCUUAUUUCCAAUAUCUCUUAUUUGUGUGUGAUGUGGUGAAACAGCAUCUCUUAUUUCCAAUAUUGUGUUUCCUACGAGCUUCAUUUCCUAGUUUGACUAAGUGAAUUUGAGUUGUAUAUAAAUAUGCAUCAAUUUGAUAUGUUUGGUAGAUUUUGGAUUUUUUUUCAUCUGCCAACUUGUUAGGAUUUACUUAAUCUGGUUGCUGCUGUCAAUGAUCAUCUGUUUAAUCUUGCCUGGUAUCUGUUUCUGGUUAGAAGUAACCACCAUUGUUCAGCAUCCGUUCCCAAGAAAUAAUAUGGAUUAGUUGGCCCCAGUAGUCAAAUUUAAUCUUGCUACUAUUGUUUCUUAUAGCAUCAAUUUUCUUUUAGGAUGUUAACAAUAUGAUGCAAUAUUAUUAUUACAAGAAGGACCUGAUACUUAACAGUGUGCUAUGUGCAGCAUGUGCUAUGUGUUAGUAUGUAUAAGCUGACAUAACACAGGGUGCCAUGAAAUAUCCUGAAAUCGUCCGGAGGCACUAAAAAAACUAUUGAGCUUGCUUCGCCGGUGACAAUGAUUUUGACGUGUAAUGCAGUAGCACAAGAGGCCCCGUCCACCGUCCCAUGUGAGACUUGCCGACCUGAUCCAGCACCGCUCUCAUCACUUCCUAUGAUGCUGACUCCAACCCUCGGUACCUUAACAGAGACUGGUCACGUAUGUAGAUCUGAGAGCUUUAGCUACUAGCACAAGAGACAUCUCGUCCGAGCUUACUUGCAUGAGAACAAACAUAAACAAGAAGAUAUGUAUCAUCUCCUCUACAAUAGCUUCGCCUUUUCUUUCGCAACAUCCAAACUGCCAACUUCCUCCGCCAAGGCACCAUGUCUCCCUCUCCAUCUUUUCCUCGAACAUUGAGGUCAUUACAUGCUUUGCUAAAGGGUAAGUCAACAUUGACAUGACGUGAGCUUUUCCUCAGGUGUGAUCUGAUCCAAACGAACUGCUUCUGUCGGCGCAUUGGCUAUUCUCUCACGUCUCUGCGAGCUCCUCUUUUCCACCCUAUCAGACGCUGUGAUCCAACACUGCUUUAAGAAUCGAUGAUGCACGGCUGAGAUGUGGGCAGAUGACGAUCAGACGGGUUUGUCUAUCUCCUCACACGUCUUCUCCUCCGAGAAAUUGGUCGCGAUGCCUCCCUCUCUUCCACCACUCCAAUCCACCUCUUCUCUCGUUGUUCUUCUUGUUGUGUUGGUGUUAGCGUCUGGUUCCUCGCCGGGUGUCCUUUCUGCUACGUUCACGGUGACGAACAACUGCGCCUACACGGUGUGGCCGGGCGUCCUCGCCAGCGCUGGUUCGGCCCCGCUCGCCACCACAGGCUUCGCCCUCGCCCCUUCAGAGUCCCGCACACUCGACGCCCCCGUCCCAUGGUCCGGCCGCCUCUGGGCCCGCACUAUCUGUGCCGCUGACCCUGCUUCCGGCCGCUUCUCCUGCGCCACCGGCGACUGCGGCUCCGGCUCAUUGGAGUGCUCCGGGGGCGGCGCGGCCCCUCCCGCCACCCUCGCCGAGUUCACCCUGGGCGGCAGCGGCGGGACCGACUUCUACGACGUCAGCCUCGUGGACGGAUCCAACGUGCCCAUGCUGGUAGUCCCGCAGAGUGGGUCUCCCGGGGGUAGCUGUGGGCCCACGGGGUGUCUGGUGGAUCUCAACGGGUUGUGCCCCGCGGAGCUGCGGGUGGCGCAGCCCGGCGGGGAGACGGCUGCGUGCCGGAGCGCGUGCGAGGCGUUCCGGACCGCGAGGUACUGCUGCAGCGGCGAGUUCGGCAGCCCCGGCACGUGCGGCCCGACGGCGUACUCACAGUUCUUCAAGAACGCGUGCCCCAGGGCGUACAGCUACGCUUACGACGACGCGACCUCCACGUUCACCUGCCCCACCGCCGCCACCGCCGGCUACACCGUCACCUUGUGCCCCAGCACCACCAGUCUCAAGUCCAUGGGCUACGGGAAUCAGAUGGCAGGAGGCCUGCCGCUGAUCAACAACACGAUGCCGCCGCUGUUAAGCUCGCCGAAUCGCGCCGCGCGGCGGUGGCCGACCAUGUCGCCAGCGAGCCGAGGCCUCCUCUGCCUUGCAGUCGCGGUGGCGCUGCAGCUGCAGCUGCUCCACCUGCCUUGAACCUCUCGCCACAGCACAUGCAGGUACCCGUUCUGCGUGCGAUCAUGCACGUGAACGCCAUGCUGCGCCAUUGCAGCGCCAGCAUCCAUGCAGGCGUUUGCUCCCUAUUCACGAGGUGUACGGCACAUUCGCAAGCCGACAUCUUUGCACUGUUAAGUCUGGAGCCGAUGCGCAUCCGCAGGUUCUUUCUUGAGAUAUCGAUGUACAGUUCAUUAAAACCUAUUUCUUGCCGCAAUCAUGUUGUGGCUCUCCAAGACUGUAUCUCGAAUGGCCCAAACCCCGUUGAGGUUGACUGAAUCAGACUUGGUGGAAUCCGUAUGUGUAGAAAUAUAUAUGCAUCAAGUCCCAAGAAGACCAUAUCAUAUCACAACAGAUCGGGGAAUUCAAAUAUCAUGUGAUCUGAUCGAUAUGUAUCGCAGUUGUUGGUACAUCAGGAAUUCCUCCGUUUUGUCGGUGGACGGUUGAUGUCGGAGUGGCAGAUGCAUCUCGAAGGAAACGCCGGCUGUCGCUGAUCGUUCUCUUUUACUUUUUUUUUAUAUUUGAUGGAAUGUUUGACUUUCUAAAACA